UUUCGACCUUUACGUCUGCUUCUAGUUUGCACUCGCAACGUUCAGUGCGAUGGGCCCUUACGGAGUUUUGGCCUGGCGCUGUGCGUAGUCCCAAUUGGUGUUCUCCUGCUUUCGAAAUGCCUAGAAACGCUUUAACCGAAGUGCAGUCAAUUACUUCUAUCGUGUCUAUUUGAUUUUAAUUCUUUUGGACAUGCUGAGUUCGACUGCAGCUGAAAACCUCGCUUGCACGGAUGAGGUGAAGGUUUAUGAAGAUGAAGGGGAAGAAGAAGAACAGAAAAAGUCUUCCGAAAAUCUUACCGAGGAUAAGGUUCGGCUUGUCAUUGAAAGCGAAACCCAGAUACCAAGAAUCUUUGAUUUUUUCGGCAAGAAUGGUGGUGCCUCAUUGUUCAAAAUGCCAUUUCUUACCGACCCUCGCCUGGCAAGCUACUUCCUCCCCGGUUAUCCAGCAGCAAUCGCGGCAGCUAUGGCUGCAGUCAACGCCGCCUCUGCAUCUUCCGGUAUACAGUCAUCGGUUCAGUCGACUGUGUCAAGCACUACAACACCAGGAGAUAGGACCAGUUUCCCGGUUUCUUCACCCGCUGGUACUACUUGGCCCAACUCCUCAACAGGGCAUCUUUGUUCCGCUUCUCAUUCUUCAUUUUGGCCCACACCGUUUGGAAGCGGUGGGUCCUCAUCAGGUUCUUCAUCCGGCUACGCCAGCUCUGAAGGCAGCGUCGGCAACGCUGGCAACGGAUGGUUCAAUUCAACUAUGUCACCUAGCGGGUUCAAUUUCUCACAGUACUACCCUUACCCUAACCCUCCUUCCACCCUCCGUCAUCCACGGAUAACAACACAUCCUCCAGGUCGAUCUACUAACGGUAGCAACGCAGAUCUUCCCCCAACUGAUCAUCCUCCAAAUUCCACCUUGGCUCAACCCCUUUCCUCGUACGCCACGAAUCCGUUCGGGUUGAUGCCCUUCUAUGGCCCUUUUGGCUGUGGUGCAGCAGCAGCGGCAGCGGCUGCCGCAGCAGUUGCUGCAGCAGCCUAUUCUCACCAACCGGGGACCCCUCCGGGAACCACAUCACAAUCCAAAGGAGAAACCAACUCGGGUGCGUACCUUGUGAACGGCAAACCAGAUUGGAAACUCAAAAAUCCUUCAUUACUUGUGGGGCACAAAACUCACCCAUACACCACACAUCUCCCCAAAGAGCCAGAUUGGAUCGGUACUCAGUUGGGACACCGCAAACCAUCCCGGUCCCGAAGUGCAGGUCGUACACACAGUCCACCACCACUACUACCACCGUCUACCGCUUCUUUCACGGUCUCAUCCGGUACUGAAUUGGCCCAUUCUCCUGUUUCAGAUUCAGUCGUCCCUAGUAACUGUGGUUCGGCAUUCACAAGUUUGCACGCAAUCACGACAUCAGCAGUUUCGUCGACCAGGGUUAUCGUCUCCCCAUCGACAUCAAUAUCCGCAUCCACAUCGAACAUUCCCACUCCCCAAUCAAACUUUUACGCUGCUGCUGCUUGUGCUGCCGCUAUGGCUGCUGCUGUUGCCUCUUGGAAUGGCGCGGGGUCGCCUCAGUCUCAUGGUCAGCAACGUGCAACUCCGACACAAAUUCAGAAAUCUCCAACUGCUCACCUUCUACCUAGUCCUUCAGCCCUUUUCUCCCGGCCCAGGAACUCCUCCGGUGGUACCAACGUCUCAGUCAGAUCCCCAGCUUUUUCCUCUGGAAUACCAACCCCAGGCUCACCAAAGUCAUCAAACUUGGCUGCCGCUGCCGCCGUGGUCGCAGCCUUGUCACCCACGUCAGCACUCUAUCAACGUCGUGACUCAGGUCGAACCUCAGUUUCCAAUAAUUCGACUGUCGCCAGUCCCUAUUCCCCGAGCAUGUUUGCGGCUGCGGCUGCUGCCCAUAUGCAGCUUUUGUCUGCCGCUGCUGCUGCCGCUUCCUUCGGUUCCAAUCUGUCCUCUUCUCCUUCCUCUGCUUUGUCAAUGAAGGCCGCCGCUACUCCCACUACUACGUCGCAUAUGAUAAACCUUCCUAACUCCACUGCACCAAUACCAUCUUCGGACGUCACGGGUGACCGAAGAUCUGGCACGAUGGACAUUUGCGGCGCCGAGGUGGCGGCAAUUGCCAACAGAUCCGCUUUCUGGAAUCAGCAUCAACACACAUUACAGGCUGCUAGCGGCUCUACUUGUGCCUCUGUGACCUGUGUAUCGCCUGCUUCGGCGAUUCCAGUUCCCCAUCACCCCCCUUCCUUAGUACCAUGCGCUCCUUGGUAUCGUCGUACUGACACCGAGCGACCGAAUAAAUUUCAAGAUAUCAGUACCGACGUGGUGGUUUCAAGAACGCAUUCCCCCCAUGCCUACCGCAAAUCUAGCAGUCCACUGACCUGUGAUUCCAUGACGGUGGAUGAUCGGACUGUGGCUAAGAAGACAACCGGAUCAAAGGGCAUACACAUAAAAAAGCCACUGAAUGCCUUCAUGUUAUUCAUGAAAGAGAUGCGAGCUCGUGUGCAGGAGGAAUGCACACUCAAGGAGUCAGCAGCUAUCAAUCAGGUGUUAGGCAGAAAGUGGCACGAACUCACACGAGAGGAACAAACGAAAUACUACGAAAUGGCUCGGCACGAAAAGGAGCUACACCAGCAGUUAUAUCCAAAUUGGUCCGCCCGGGACAAUUACGCAUAUCAUGCACGAAAACGCAAGCGUCGUCGACACCUUCUACACCGACAUGUUCUUCAGUCCCGCACCUCACGACAGCCGCGUGUGGGGCAUCCCAGUCGACAAAUGAACCGUUUUGCCUCUGGUGUUUCAGCUGCCGUCGUCUCGGAAAACAAAGAUGCGUCGUAUUUAAUCCGUCGGCCACAAAAGGUACGCCGUUUGCCACAGUCUAGUCCAUUAAACGAUUCAUCUGCCCUGUGUCAGUCUAAUUCUCCAGCCUCAAAUCACUCUGUCCUUGGUCCGGAGACAAAUAGUGAUAGUCGCAUCUUACUAUCCAAAUCUGGCUUUCCUCAUUCUGCUAGUGGCAUAUGUUCUUCAACUGUGAGUUCGCGGUUCUUGGAGCGCGCACACCGCUCCUCCUGGUUAUCCACGACAAAAGACUCGCCCAGAUCAGCUUCUUCGUUGGGUGAUUUACGUUCAUCGGCACCAGGUUCUGGUAUUUCGGACUUCACUCCAGUCAGUGACCAACUGCACCAAGUACCUGAUAGAUCCGUUGGUACUUCUUCAGGUACUGUUGACAAAGAGUUUUCCCCUAAUAUGAGUGCUCUUAUUUCCCCGCAACAUUUCACACAAUCUUGCCUACCGGCUUCGUCCCCUAACUCGCUGUCUUCCGACAAACAACCAAACGCCCUCUCGUCUGCAGCUGUCACACCGUUUACAACUCCCUCAAGAGCUCAUGCAUCGUUUAUGGACAAACUGUCCGCCAACUUCUCUAGUCGAUUCGCAAAACCGGUUGAGCCGUUUGCUGAUCCAGUGAGUUCGCACGCCUGUCGCUUGCCGACAACCGUAGCUGUUGGACCGCUGACAGAUGCGCACUCAAAAUCCGCAGACAUAUUCUCACCAGACUUUGCUGCAUCCGCAGCAGUGGUGUCUUCUCCAGUAGCGUGCUCUUCUGCUCCUCGUACACUUUGUUUUACUUCUUCGUCUCCUACCACUUCCAGUUGUCGGCCUGCGCAUUCGUCUUUAGCCGUUCCUCCACUUCAAUACCGCUCUCCAUGCUGUCAUCCUCCUCCUUCUCCUGGGUCGAAAUUUCCCCAGUUUAGUGAGGGUUCACCUCUUGGUUUCUUUCCACACACUCGCCGCGGUCCGGGUGUGGCUCUACCGGGUGCAAUGUUUGGCUCACGUUCCAGCUCCAUCAGCGGGUUACUUGGAGCCAAUCGAAGGAUGCUUUGUUACAAUGGUGGCCGUCACACUUUGCAUCCAUCCUCUUCUCCGUCGACUGCGGCUGCAGUAGCGGCUGCGAUGGCUGCAGGCGAACUAACUGGAGGCAGCUUGAAAAAGUGUCGUGCACGUUUCGGACUGGAACAUCAGAAUAUGUGGUGCAAACCCUGCCGCCGCAAGAAAAAAUGUAUCCGGUUCAUUUCCGACUCCGAUGUGGAUGAAUUUCCUCUAAGUAUGCCGCAUCUACCCUCGUCACAUCAUAUGGAUUACUCCGAGUUUCCAGGUCCCCAUUUGAAUCGUCAAAGUUUCUCCAACAUCAUGGACCCAUUCGCUACUGCACUGCGUGCAUCACACCCUCCUAUACAAACUCGUCACUCUUCACCUCUCUCUUCGUCUUUUUUACAUGCAUCGCUUUACCGACCUCCCAAUCCGCACAUGAUCUCUCAGGCCAAAACACCCUCUGCUUCCAUCGACGGCCUCCCUAUCCUCUUACCCACCCAGCAUGUCAUUACCGCCACAACUAACCCCACCAUGCCACGUGAAUUGUACCAUUCGAAUCGAUCUCCAUUCCAUUUUUUUGAUAAGCCGGAUAGUGCUCUUGGUCCAUCCGCACUCCUCGAGCCAUCUCACUCUUUUGGCAUGUCUAAACACCCUUUCAAGAUAGUGAACUCCGAGAGACGCGGAAAUGCACUUUCACGACCUAACAUUUUUGGUAGAUCCCCACCCUACUGGCCAUACGUAACUUCACCACACGCUUCAGACUGCCACGGGCUCCCUAGGCCAGCUCACCAAGCACCACUUACAAAUCCGUCCCAUCAGGUUUCACUAGCAGUUCCUUUUCCCCCUAAUUCAACCGCCUUUCCUGAUACCGGCCCAGUAGAUCGGCGAAAAUCUGCCUCAUUCGUAUCAUGUCGGAGUUAUGUCAACCGACCCUUGCUAAAUGAUAGACCUGAGACCAAUAGUCUGCUUCUGAGAGAAAGGAUGUCAAGUCCAUCGGCUGAGACUAUAGCAGACAAUUCCGUUGUAAGCACUGAAUCACACCUUGAUCUUCCUUCACCUGUUACCGCGCCCUGCAAAGUGACUUCCGAUUGCCUUAGUGCAGUUGGUUACACUUUGGAAUCCCCAGCCUCCAAGCGUAUGUGCAUUCUUCCCUCACCGAUUUGUGGCAACCGUGAUCUCUCUCACCCUUUCAAAUCCACCACUCCCUCUUCUGGCGAAUCAGCAAACACACCGAACGGUAACUUCACUUUAUCACCUGUCAAAUCGCUUUCUCCAUCGAUUGCCUUAAAUCUAAAGCUCUCUGAAUCCGUGCGAUUCGGCGUCACAGGUUUUGUACAGCCAGAUACAGGACCAUCUACGCCUACCUUCAACGGUGUUGAUAGCUCGUCACCCCCACUCAACCUCGCACCCUAG